GCGAGGGAGCGGAGGAGGGCUGUCCGCUGCGAGUAGACUGGCGCGUGACGACGCGCAGAGGGACGCACAGAGAAGCGCAGAGACGCGCAGAGGGACGCAGAUCGCCGCGCAUCGCAAGCUGCACCCUGAACCUGGUUUGACUGAACGUCAACGCAACGAUGGCGGACAGCUCGCACUGUUUCUACUGCCGUGACGACCUCGCCGGGAAGAGAUUCGUCCGCAGCGAGGGGAGACCGGUCUGCGUCCGCUGCCACACCAAGUUCUGCGCCAACUCCUGCGCCGAAUGCCGUCGACCCAUCUCGGUGGAGACCAAGGAGCUGAGCCACCGGGGCCGGCACUGGCACGAGGAGUGUUUCCGCUGCGUCAAGUGCUACAAGCCUCUGGCCAAGGAGCCCUUCAACAUGAAGGACGACCGCAUCAUGUGCGGAAAGUGCUGCUCCAGAGAGGACGCCCCGCGCUGCCACGGCUGCUACAAACCCAUCCUGGCAGGCACGGAGAGUGUGGAGUACAAAGGCAACUCGUGGCACGACGAAUGCUUCACUUGCUACAACUGUAAACGUCCGAUCGGCUCGCAGAGUUUCCUCUCUAAAGGAAGCGACACCUACUGCAGCCCGUGUUACGACAAGAAAUUUGCCAAACACUGUGUCGGCUGCAAAAAGCCUAUAACCUCUGGAGGGGUGAACUACCAGGACCAGCCGUGGCACGGACACUGUUUUGUGUGCAGCUGCUGCUCCAAACCACUGGCGGGCUUCAGCUUCACCAAACACCAGGACCAGGUCUUCUGCGUCGACUGCUACAAGACGUCGGUGGCGAAGAAAUGCAGCGGCUGCCACCACCCCAUCACAGGUUUCGGUAAAGGCGUGAACGUGGUGAACUAUGAGGGCAGCUCCUGGCACGAAUACUGCUUCAACUGCAAGCAGUGCUCCGUCAGCUUGUCCAACAAGCGCUUCGUGGCCAAAGGGAAAGACGUCCUGUGCAGUGACUGCGGCGACAAGGAGUGACAAAGCAGGCGUACUCCCAUCGCCGUUUUUAACAUUUGUUUUCAUUGCAUUGAUUGCAUCGUCUCCAUAUCAGUAUACUGUUUAUGUCUUUCAAAUAUUGGGAGGUUGCAUAAUAAUCUGAUGGAAGUAUCAGUGUACUUUUUUGUUGUUGACACCCCUGAUUUACAUGAUAUGUUAGAACUGUUUAUGAGGGGGCUGCGCUGCACGUUCCUUCCAGGUACCCGUGGCAUUUCAGAAACAUGCUUUUGAGAUGAACUGGUGAUUGAAUAUCAGUGUUUGUGAUUGACUGGACCGAUGAGAUGCUUUAAAUGGAAUUCACAAACAACCUGAACUGAAAAAAACCCCAAAACUCUGCCCUCUUGGGAGAGAUUUGUGCAGCCUUUUACAUGCAUGUUUUUACAAACUUCACCUCCGUUCACGACAUCCUUGCUUCUCAUUAGUGAUGUCUUCUCAUAUCCUCUUUGUUAUUUCUACAUUUUGGUGAAACUGACUGAAUCUUCCUGCAACCAUCUUUGGCACUCUUUAGACUAAUGAGUGGGUUACAUCAAACAUGUCUAACAGCAGUGUCUUUUAUUCAUUGCACAUUGCAAUCUCAAAAAAAAAAAACAGAUUAUUUGAAACGGUUUUCUGAGUUUAAAAUCCACAGUUUACAGUGGAUUACUGUUGUAAAAAAACUGCCUUCAUGAGUGCCUUCAACAUUUCCUUCUUGUCUUUCUACAUUGAAAUGUCUUCCUGGGACCAAAUAGUCAAAACUAUAUUUGCAUUUUUACCGUGCCAAAGGAUUGCUCAGCUUAAUGUGUGAGUGAAUUGCAAAAUGCACUUUUUUUUUAAAUAUAUGUAACUGCUUUUACUCCAAAGAAGGAGAUGAAUGAAUAUAUGCAAUCUGCUCGCCUUGAUUUGUGGCUGCAAUUAAAUAAACCUGUUUUGAA